CCACCGGAGCGGACGGUGACCGCGCCCACUAUAACCAAACCACCUCCCCUUUCCCUUGCCCAGCACAAGCGGAAGCUGUUGCUGCAGCAGCAGAAGCCGCCGCGCGCAGAGCUCACUCGCCGCCGGCCAUGUCGGUGGAGACGGAGCGGAGCUCCACCGAGUCCUCUGCCGCCUCCGGCCUCGACUUCGAGGACACCGCCCUCGCCCUCACCCUCCGCCUCCCCGGCUCCACCUCAUCGUUGUCCUCGUCCUCCUCGUCCCCUGACCCCGACCGCAAGCGCGCCUCCUACGACGCCGAACCUAACCACUCCCCCCUCGCCGCCGCCUCCUCCUCCGAAGCUCCCCCAGCACCCAAGGCGCGGGUGGUCGGGUGGCCGCCGGUGAGGUCGUACCGCAAGAACGCGCUUGCCGACGUCGCGGGGUCCAGCAAGGCCAAGCAGGCCGCCAAGUUCGUCAAGGUGGCGGUCGACGGCGCGCCCUACCUGCGGAAGGUGGACCUGGAGGCCUACGCCGGCUACGACCAGCUCCUCCGCGCUCUCCAGGACAAGUUCUUCGCCCACUUCACCAUCCGGAAGUUCGCGGACGACGAGAGGAAGCUGGUGGACGCGGUGAACGGGACGGAGUACGUGCCGACGUACGAGGAUAAGGACGGCGACUGGAUGCUCGUCGGUGACGUCCCCUGGAAGAUGUUUGUGGAAACCUGCCAACGCCUCCGUCUCAUGAAGAGUUCUGAGGCUGUUAACUUAGCACCAAGAGCUGGUCGAUGAGGCACACUCCAUGCUUGGUAUGCGCGGGCUUCUUGAAGGAAAGAGGAAACUUUGCUCUCCUGAGGUUCUUCACGUGAGAUAGAAAUGUGUACAGUUGUCACCUACUGCUUUCAGUCCCCUUAAGCUAUUGAGUUGGUUGUAGUUUCAUUACUUGUCGGUAGUUUCGACAUAUAGAUCCGAAGCUUGAAAUACACGCCUACAGUUUCGUCUCUUGAUGAAUAAGACCAGACACGCAGAACUCAUGUUGUUCAAUGUUUCUCGUCUGCUUUCUGUUUUGCUGUUAGGUUAUAUGUGUGAUACUUCAUACUCUACAGGUGUGAGGGCAAUGACAUGCUGUUAUACAUCUUAUUAUGUUGACCUAUGGUUUUGUUUGAA